CAACCACGUCGCUGUGGCUCAAAGCGAUGGCGGACCGCAACGUGCCCAGAUCUGCCCAGGAAGGCACGGAGCAAAGUCACUGAGCCACUCUUCACCGGCUUCGUUCAAAGCUGACCACCUGUUAAAGGAGAGAGACCGCUGCCAUUGCCGUCCCUCCCGCGAAGUAGUAUGCGGGACGGGAUCUGCUCGGAGUGCACUGACCGGGACGAGACAGAAGUGGAGUGAGGAGGAGCUGAGUGCGCCGGGGCUGACGCACCGCAUGUUGAGCCAGCAAGUUGACUGAAACAGCAAAAGUCGCGUCGUCGACGGGGAAGGAAGGGGACAGCCGCUCUUGGAUUUAACGGAGGGUUUGAGAGGACAGUUGUUCCGGCAAAAUGAAAUUCGCGGAGCAUCUUUCGUCCCACAUCACUCCAGAGUGGAGGAAACAGUAUCUUCAGUAUGAGGCUUUCAAGGACAUGCUGUAUGCUGCCCAGGACCAAGCCCCAUCCAUAGAAGUCACGGAUGAAGACACGGUGAAGAGAUACUACGCCAAGUUUGAGGAGAGGUUUUUCCAGAACUGCGAGAAGGAGCUCCUGAAAAUCAACACAUUCUAUUCAGAAAAGCUUGCUGAAGCACAGAGACACUCUGCCACUCUGCAGAAUGAGCUGCAGUCUUCACUGGACGCUCAGCGCGAGAGCCACGCCCCGCCCGGCCUGCGGAGACGCAAGACAAUGUUCCACCUGUCGCAGGAGGAACGCUGCAAACACCACAACAUCAAGGACCUGAAGCUAGCCUUCAGCGAGUUCUACCUCAGCCUCAUCCUGCUCCAGAACUACCAGAACCUGAACUUCACUGGUUUCCGUAAGAUCCUGAAGAAACAUGACAAGGUCCUGGACACUCCUCGCGGGGCCGACUGGCGUGUGGCUCACGUGGAGGUGGCACCUUUCUACACCUGCAAGAAGAUCACACAGCUUAUCUCCGAGACAGAGACCAUCGUCACCACUGAGCUGGAGGGAGGAGAUCGUCAGAAGGCCAUGAAGAGGUUGAGAGUUCCUCCACUGGGGGCAGCUCAGCCUGCUUUGGCUUGGACAACCUUUCGUGUGGGACUCUACUGCGGCUUCUUUAUCAUUCUCGCCAUCGCCUUCGUUCUCACCGGUGCUGUUUUUAUCCGCUUGGAGAACGUGUGGCCACUGGUGCGGAUCUAUCGGGGCGGUUUCCUGUUGAUCCAGUUCCUCUUCCUGUUGGGCAUCAACACUUACGGAUGGAGGCAGGCCGGAGUCAACCAUGUCCUCAUCUUCGAGAUCAACCCCCGAAACAACCUCUCACACCAACACCUGUUUGAGAUUGCUGGUUUCCUGGGUGUGUUGUGGUGUCUCAGCAUCCUCUCCUGUCUCUACUCGGAGUACACCUACAUCCCCAUGCAGAUCAAUCCGCUUAUCCUCUAUGGCUUCAUGGUGCUCUUCCUCUUCAACCCCUUCAAGACCUGCUACUACAAAUCGCGAUUCUGGCUUCUCAAGCUGCUGUUCCGCGUGCUCACAGCACCGUUUCAUCGGGUGGAGUUUGCAGACUUCUGGCUGGCUGAUCAGCUCAACUCUCUGGUGGUUGUUCUGAUGGACCUGGAGUAUCUCAUCUGCUACUACAUCUUUGAGCUGCAGUGGAGCAACAGCAAGGGCCUGCUGCCCAAGAUUAAAGACCCUGAUGACCACAUAUGCCACAGCUACUCCUACGGUCUGCGCGCCAUCAUCCAGUGUCUGCCCGCCUGGUUCCGCUUCAUUCAAUGCCUGAGGCGUUACCGUGACACCAAGAGGGCCUUCCCUCACCUGGUGAAUGCUGGGAAAUAUUCUACCACCUUCUUUGUCGUCACCUUUGCCGCGCUCUAUGCCACACAUAGAGAGCAAGGACACACGGACGCCGACGUGUUCUUCUACCUGCUGAUCGUAUUCUCCACUAUCAGCUCCCUGUACACACUGAUCUGGGAUCUGCGCAUGGACUGGGGACUCUUUGACCGCGGAGCCGGAGAAAACACCUUCCUCAGAGAAGAAAUAGUUUACCCACACAAGGCCUACUACUACUGUGCCAUCAUAGAAGAUGUGAUCCUGCGUUUUGCCUGGACGAUCCAGAUCUCUCUGACCACAACGACCAAGAUCCACUCUGUGGGCGACAUUGUUGCCACCGUGCUGGCUCCCCUCGAGGUCUUCAGGCGUUUUGUGUGGAACUUCUUCCGUCUGGAGAACGAGCACCUGAAUAACUGUGGUGAGUUUCGUGCUGUGAGGGAUAUCUCCGUGGCGCCACUCAACGCGGAUGACCAGACGCUGCUCGAGCAGAUGAUGGACCAGGACGAAGGCGUCCGGAACCGUUCAGGCAAGAAGACCUGUAAGAGGUCCUACAGCCUCUCUCUCCGACGCCCCCUGCUGUCCUCCUCACAAUCAAAAAAGGACACCAAGGUGCUAAUUGAAGACACGGAUGAUGAGGCCUUCAGCUGAGUUCACAACGUCACACACACAAACACAUACAUACUAUACUUAUAAGGACCUCACUCACUAACACCCAACCCUCAACCCUUCUCCCUUAUAACAAUAAAAGAGUAGUGACCCUCAGUCUAACCCUUUAAAGCAGUGAGGACCUCACAUGGUCCUCACUUUGGACAAUAGACCUCAUCUUUACAUCCCUGUGAGUAUAUUUGGUCUUUAUAAGUAUAGACAAACACAAUCAAUACACACUUUAAUGCAGAAACACACAUAAAGAUAAACCUGCUGAUGAAGCACAAACAUAGUUUAAUAGCUACAGUUGAGGAGAGAGCUUGUGACAGACAGACAGACAGACAGGCAGAUGGAUAGACAGGCUUCAAGGGAAAUCUUCUGCACAUAAGUAGAAACAAAGACCACACUGCCCUGGGAUUAUCCUCCUCUUCUUUAAAAAGACUUUUACUUUGAGAUAUGUGUUUCUUUAGGUUUUUUUCUUUACUUUUCCUGGAUUUAUUUCAGAGAAGCUGCAUCAAUGACUGUUUACAAUCCUUUUUAACUGCAAUAGGAUCAACAGGGAGAAGACAAGCCAAUCAAAAGACAUCACAGAAUAUCAAAACAAUUCAACUGGUCUCAAACUUGUUUCCAACGCGUUUUCUGCAGGAAAUGCAUUUUCUAGUUCUUUUUAUACUCCGACUUUAUUUUUGGUUGAGUUGUAAUAACUUCAGUGUCAAAUCCCAACCUUGAGGCAUUUGCAGGAAAAGUGCAUUUAAUACACAAAACAAUGAAGAAAAAAAAACUUUUACACCAAAAGAGAUGUUUUGAUUCAAACAUUUCUAGUUUGUGAAGUUGCUUUGUAAUAUAUUUAAUAUAUUUUGAUGUGCAUUAUUACUCUGUUGUAGUACUUCUACAUGUGUUGUUUAUACUAUUGCGACUAGUUGAGCAUCCAGCUGAUGAUUGUUUAUGUAUUUUAUAAGGUUUGGAAUGUUUUUCUUAGUUAGACUUGUGCCAUGUUUUUAUAAGCUCAUAUUUAGACCUCAAUUUACCCCCGACCUAAAAUUAAUGCUACACCGACUUGUGAAUCAUCGUGUCAUGUCAUCUUAAAGUGCCCUAUUAGAUACAAUAUAUGUGCAUGCACUGCUAUUCUUUGCAUUAACUACCAAAGCUUUAUUUUGUGAAUGUGUCCAUUCAACCUAAAAAUCCCAGUAAUAUGAGUAGUGUGUCAAAAGUGAUGUGACGUACCCUUUCAAAUAUUCAGUUAAAUAGUUAGAGUCAAAGUGUAUAUGCCAGUGGCUCUCAAACUGGGAGGGGGACCAGGGGGGGGGAAAUCAAUCGAUCUAACGAGGUUACAAUAACCAAACAAAAGAGCUCUGAUGCCAACAAGUCUAGAAAAUCAGGACACACCUUUCAAAAUGGCGCAUGACAGAAACAGUUUGAGAAGCACUGGUGUAUCGCAACACUCUUUAUAUGGUCACCGGAAAUCCUGAGCUCUCUGACGAAAGCUCAGUAUUGGUCGGUUUUGUACCCAAUUGAGCAACUUAUAUAUUUAAUUAUGCGUAUAAAUAUGUUUUUGGGUGGCUCUAAAUAAUUUGGGUUCCUUUUGUACCAUAUGGGUGGUUUUCACCAGCAAAAACUUAGACUACAACCAAAUGAUUCGGCCUCUUUUGAUUUGGUUUCACACAAAUUAUCAUAAAACAUAAUGCACAUGGACGUUUAAACCUCUAAAAACCUUUAAACAAAAAAAGUGGGCACCUUGAUGAUCUCAUUGAGUUACUUUGUGGCAGUCAAAUCUGGCACCACUGUUUAAAAGCUCUUUCAGUGCUUUUAAACAGUAGAUAUCUAUCAGCUGUGACAUGUUUCACACCUCCUGUCCAGCUCUGAAUCAGUCAGGUUUCACCACAUUCAGCGACAUGUUGUUUGUUUGUUUGUCUCUACGGUUUAAUGUGCCAUUUUAGCACUUUAAAAAAAAUGUUUUCAAGUGUUGUGAUUUGUUAGAUCAAAUGUAAACUGCUGAUCACAGGUACGGAAAGUUAUUAAUAACCAGGAAGAAUGUGCUGUACAUCUGACGUCUACUAUUUACUCCCUCGGCUUAUUUUCAAGCCAGCAGCUCACACUAACUGUUGGUUAUCAUUGUAAAGUGUGGUGCUGCUGCUGGUAAAGGCGCCCUGGUUUUCAGAGAAAGGAUGCUAAUGUUAAUGCUGGUUUGUGUCUUUCACUUUCUCUUCCUGUUUGACCCCCUCACUCUGUUCUGCUGUUCCUCCCUCGGGCUACAUUGCCUCACCGCCAGCCAGUCAUGAGACGAAGCCCAGAGAGCCACAAGACAAAUGUGUUUCAGAAAGUCCUGUUUCUUCCCGUUUGUUUUUCCUGUCGCGGCUAAAAGACCGAAAAGCUUCUAUGUGCAAUGAGCUUAAUGUGAACUAGAAAGCUAGAAAGUUUUUUUAAAAAUAUGUUAAAUAUGUAGAAGAUGGGUAGCUUCCCGGUUCAUUUAAAUACACUGGAUACAUGCCAUAACUGUCUACAGGCAUGAAACAUGACACACACACACGCACGUACACACAGCCCACAUUGCACCUCUCUCUUGUGUCGGAGAGCACAACUCUACAGCAGACAGUUUUGUAAAAAGGCUCUGUUGUCUUGCCUGCAUGCUGCUUUAGUUUUACAUUGUACAUAGGUCUUAAUUUAUUUGACAUGUGUAUAUUUGCAAUCACUGUUGCUACUGUGACAAUGAUUGAGUUCAUACGUUGCCAUUAUUGCUCCAAGACAAGCAGUAUUUUUAGGUGAUUAGGAGCUUUUGUUUUUGAUUGAUCACGAUCCUGCACUCCUUUUUAUGUGUAAAUCUGUUGACAAUGUGUUUGUAUAAAAAAAUCCAUAGAACUGGAGAAUGUGAUUGGUUGUAUCUUGUAGGUGAUUCCCUCUUCUUUCAAUGCUUAAGGGGGAGGUGUCAGGGGCAGAUUACUGUGUCCUGAAACUGUAAAACUGUUGGUACAUUUGUGAAUGUGCAUGAAGAUAUUGUGGACGUUCCAUCUGUUGUUGUGAACUGCCCUGCUGACGGAAGCACUUUGACAUAAUAUAGGGCAGAGGGACAGACCCACACCAUGACAAGAUACUGUUAAACUGAUCCCAGAUCCGCAUGAGUUCCUCUUGAAUUAGCUCACAAACAGAUGCUGGAUCUUCAUUUUAAGCAUUUUUUUAAGAUGCUUCUCUUUGAGAAAAAUAAAUGUUUUAGUGGCUGGUGUCCGUUCACAGAUGUUCAGUGUGUGUAACCCAGAGACAGAAACAAAAACAGGGUUAUUUUGUACAGUUUGUGUUUGAUGAGAUGAUCCUCAGCCCUUCCAUCCAAUUCUUCUCAUGGGUGAUUUUGUUUCCACUGCUUGCUGACACCCCCAUGAUGUUAAAGUGCUUGAUAUGUGUCGACCCCACCCUCUCCGUCUCUUGAUGUUGUUCGUACCCUUUCUCUAAUCUAGCUGAACGUGAUAGUACCUGUAGUUUGGUAGAUGGAUGUUUGAUGAGAUACAAAAAAAAAAAAAAUAGAAUAGAAUAAAUACAUUGUGGCUAAAUGUGAUUUUAAGAGACAUAAAGAAAGGAAAAUGUCUGACCCAUCCACCCCUGAAUCCCUUUUACAGAGUAGUUUGUACAUGUCGAUUGUAUAACACCGUUCUAUGAUGGUUUUCCUGAUGGUGUUUGUAUUUCUGUAUACACUUUGGUGAUCCUGUCAUAUCUGGGUUUUAUAAACCACGAUUAUUUUUAAAACUC